UUAUGAAAUGAUGAGCAAUCUCUUAGUUCAAGGAAUAGUCCUGCUCGGCUUCUUGAGUCUCUCGGCUGCCUUGUUUUGUACAGAUGCUGAAUAUGCAGUUACAGUAAAGACAGUUCCGAAGACACUCUCAUAUCGACAGGCAAUUUUAAACUGUAAAUCGGAUGGAAAACUGCUUUGUAAUUCUCAAACAAUAUGCAAAAAUGGAGUUCCUUACACUGGAGUAAUUCCUGGUGACCACUGGGUGCCCGUGAGUGACAGUGUAAACGAAUGGGCGCAGAUUGGAAACCGUCAUCGUUCAUGUCUUCUCCACAGCUCUCUGGGUCAUAAACCUUUUUGGGGUCUAUCGAAUAGUGCUAUCAACGUCAAAGGAAUUUUGUUCUGCUGCAAAAUAAAAGUGGAAGAUCCUAAAAUCUUUUUGGAAAAAGUCUCAAAUAGACUUUCGUACCAACAAGCGCAAACAAAAUGUCAUAACCAAGGCAAAGAUCUCUGCAAUUCAAAGGAUUUGUGUAGUGAUGGUAAAACACCGCAUGGCGGACCAAUUCCUGGAGAUCACUGGGUGCCUGUGAGCGACAGCUUCAAUGAAUGGCUUCAAGUUGGUAAAUCUCUACAUCAUCCUUGCAAACUUCACAGCUCAGUCGGAGUGAAACCCGCAUGGGGAUUGAAAAAUGGUUACCCUGGCGCUACUGGAAUUCUUCCCUGUUGCCGAGUAGAACCCAAAGGUGCAGGGAUUUCAAUGAAGAAUAUUCCACCUACAACUUCAUAUCAACAAGCAGUUUCAAUAUGCACGUCCAAUGGAAAACAACUCUGCAACUCUCAAGAUAUCUGUAAAGACGGUAAAACUCCCAUUGGUGGACCUAUUCAAAGAGAUCACUGGGUGCCUGUCAAAGAUAGUAAUAACGAAUGGUUACAAUUGGGUAACUCGCCGCACAAACCAUGCAUUCUUCACUCUCAGCUUGGACGUAAGCCGACCUGGGGAAGUGGUACACAAAGCCUGGUUCAGAGGGGAUAUCUUUUCUGUUGUGACUGACAUGGUUAUACGCCGUUUUUGAUUCAAUAUAUUAAAAAAAUACUUCUUACUUGAUAAUAAGAUAUAUUAAUUGUAUUUUCUAAAUAUUAAA